CGUCGGCGGGGCUCGCCGGGCGCCGUGAGUCAGUGCCCAGUAAACAUUGGCGUGAGCCGCGCCGGCUCCGCCAUGGUGGCGGCGCCGUAAGGGCGGGGGGCGGCGCGGUGCGGCGGGCUGGGCGCGGCGGUGGGGGGGCCGGGGCCAUGGACGAGCUCAAGCACCAAGUGAUGAUCAACCAGUUCGUGCUGGCGGCCGGUUGCGCCGCCGACCAGGCCAAGCAGCUGCUGCAGGCGGCCCACUGGCAGUUCGAGACUGCUCUCAGUGCUUUUUUCCAAGAAACGAACAUCCCCUACAGCCACCACCAUCAGAUGAUGUGCACUCCUGCCAACACGCCGGCCACGCCGCCCAACUUUCCCGACGCCCUCACCAUGUUCUCCCGCCUCAAGGCCUCUGAGAGCUUCAACAGCAGCAGCCCCGUGGCCUCCAUGGCGACUUCCCCACCGCCCCCGGCCCCGCCGCUGCCCCAGCACGGGGCCUUCAACCCCGCCUGGCCCGCGGCUUCGCCCCCCAGCCAGCAGCAGAACAUGUGGACUCCGGCCCCCCCGGCGCAGCCCGCGGGCUGGCCAGCCGCUGUCUCCCAGCAGGCCACGGCAGAACAGAAGGCCAACGUGACCAUGGAGGCAGAGAGAUGAGCGAACGCGGCGGGAACCCCUGCGUAUAAAUAUAUAUAUAUAUUAUUUUUUUUUUCACCCCUCCCCAAAGAGGAGAGGAACUCCGCUGCCAGAGCCUCUGGCAGCCACCAAGACACACGAGCAAAUAGCUGCCUUGCAUGGGUUUGGUUUGAAGUAGUUUUUACUUGUCCUCGAGCUGAACAGAGCUCCCCAGAGACAGCGGGAAGCUGCGUGGGACGUGGGACCGGUGCUGGCCUCUGCCUGGGACCCUGCCGCUGCUGGGCUCUCGGGGAGGGAGCACCCCCUCCUCUCUUGGGACACCGGAGUUUGCAUGCGAGUGACAUUUACAGAGGAGAUUCCUUCUUCACGGUCCCCUGGGCCACCCCACCAGGCAGAUUGGGUUGUACCUGAGUGUUUCCCCCCCACUCCCUCGGCCCCACUCAACCGGGUGGGGGGCUGACACCCCACGCGGCUUGGUUUUUUGGGGGUUUGGUGGGUUUUUUUAAUUUGUAAGGCGGGGAGAGAGCAAGGGCUGUUCCUGCUUGGCCGCAGCCUCCACCCCGCAUGCGCUGUGCUUGCUGGUGAGCAGGGCUGGGGGACAUCGGCUCCCCGGGAGGUGCCUGGCCUCUCGCCCACCCGGGCCGGGCCAGCACACCCUCCCCUCGCCCUCCUGGGAUGGGGUUUGCCCUGGGGCUGUUUGCAUGACACAGUGUAACCCUAGAGACUGGGAUCAUUUUUAACCCCUCUGUUCUUUUCUCCCGGCGGCUGGAAGUCUCUCCGAACACGCCGCAGCCGCUUGCAAUACACGCUCUUCUGCUUUGAACCCCGUGUCUUUGCUUCGUUUGCAGCAGCGGCGGGAUGCAGGGAAGGCUGGCCUGGGCCCGGGGUGUUUCAGGAUCCCCUCUCCGAGUGGCUCUGAGCGUGCUGUGCCUCCGAGCUGGGGCUGGCCACAUCUCCGCUGUACGUGUGCUGCUCCAAACGCCCCGUCCCAGCCCUGCGGUGCCUGCCAGGUGCUUUUGGCCAGGUGCAUGCCAGGGCUCAGCCCCAGCAGAAGCCAGCCUGGCUCUGCCCACUGCUCCACCGCAUCUGCUGUGGGUGUGAGACCCCACCAGGAGCAGGGCCAGGCUGAUGGCAGGGCUGCAGUGAGACCUUAGGCUCCCUGUGUGACACCCACGGGUCCUGGGUGUCUUGCUGUGACCUGGCUGCUGUCCCCUCUUCACCACCAGAUGACAGGGGCCAGGUCCUUUGGAGGACGCCAUCCCUGCCAAGCCCUCUCCGCAUGAGGCUGUGCCCCUGCAUCCCUGUGCUCACCAGUCAAUAAUUAAUUUCAAUCUCGUAUUUGUGUUGCUAAAAUAAACAUUGUAGGAGCGAUGGUUUCA